CUGCUGCGGCGCGCGGAGGGGUGGCCCACGUGUCUCCCCGGAGUGCGGCCCCGAGUUCACCCAGCUCCUUUCGCCCCGCGAUCCAGGGCGCCCACUGGGCCCCCUUGGUGUCCGCCCGCCCCCGGCCCGCGUGAAAAGGGCCCCACAUAGUUCCCCGGCUCGGUGGGCCAACUUGGCUGAGCAACUUUAUCCCGGGAGCGGCGCCGGGGGAACGGGACACUGCGCAUGCGGAGCUCCAAAUUCAAACAGCUGUUUCCAGAGGCUGGAGGGCGGGUGGACCGGGAGCCGCUGGGGCUAGGGGAGGCUUUCUCGAGGAGGCGGCCGCUCCGGAGCCAUGGUGGACCGGGGCCCUCUGCUCACCUCGGCCAUCAUUUUCUACCUGGCCAUCGGGGCGGCGAUCUUCGAGGUGCUCGAGGAGCCGCACUGGAAAGAGGCCAAGAAAAACUACUAUACCCAGAAAUUGCAUCUGCUCAAGGAGUUCCCGUGCCUGGGCCAGGAGGGCCUGGACAAGAUCCUGGAGGUGGUAUCUGAUGCUGCAGGACAGGGUGUGGCCAUCACAGGAAACCAGACCUUCAACAACUGGAACUGGCCCAAUGCAAUGAUUUUUGCAGCCACAGUCAUCACUACCAUUGGCUAUGGCAAUGUGGCCCCCAAGACCCCUGCUGGGCGCCUCUUCUGUGUCUUCUAUGGUCUCUUCGGGGUACCACUCUGCCUGACAUGGAUCAGUGCCCUGGGCAAGUUCUUUGGAGGGCGUGCCAAGAGGCUAGGCCAGUUCCUCACCAAGAGAGGCGUGAGCCUGCGGAAGGCGCAGAUCACGUGCACGGCCAUCUUCAUCGUGUGGGGCGUCCUGGUCCAUCUGGUGAUCCCUCCCUUCGUCUUCAUGGUGACUGAAGAGUGGGACUACAUCGAAGGCCUGUACUACUCCUUCAUCACCAUCUCCACCAUUGGCUUCGGCGACUUUGUGGCCGGUGUGAACCCCAGCGCCAACUACCACGCCCUGUACCGCUACUUUGUGGAGCUGUGGAUCUACCUGGGGCUGGCCUGGCUGUCCCUCUUUGUCAGCUGGAAGGUGAGCAUGUUUGUGGAGGUCCACAAGGCCAUCAAGAAGCGGCGGCGGCGGAGGAAGGAGUCCUUCGAGAGCUCCCCACACUCCAGGAAGCCUCUGCGGAUGGCGGGGAGUGCAGGGUCCAAGGACAUCAACAUCUUCAGCUUCCUGUCCAAAAAGGAGGAGACCUACAACGACCUCAUCAAGCAGAUCGGGAAGAAGGGGAUGAAGACGAGCGGGGGUGGAGAGAGGGUCCCAGGACCAGGGCUGGGGCCUCAGGGGGGUACGCUGCCAGCCCUCCCCACCUCCCUGACUCCCCUGGCGGUCUACUCCAAGAACCGGGUGCCCAGCUUGGAAGAGGUGACUCAGACACUAAGAAGCAAAGGCCAUGUGUCGCGGCCCCCCAGCGAGGAGGCAGGGGCAGGGCCCCCCGAGGACGGCUCCCCCGCCCCCGAGGUAUGCAUUAACCAGCUGGACCGCAUCAGCGAGGAGGUCGAGCCCUGGGAUGCGCAGGACUACCACCCGCUCAUCUUCCAGAACGCCAACAUCACCUUUGUGAACGAGGACGCCAGCCUCACGGACGAGGAGACGUCCAAGUCCUCACUGGAGGACAACCUGGCCGGGGAGGAGAGGCCCCAGGAGGGGGUCAAGGCUGAGGUGCCCCUCAACCUGGGCGAGUUCCCGUCGUCAGACGAGUCCACCUUCACCAGCACCGAGUCGGAGCUCUCUGUGCCGUACGAGCAGCUUAUGAACGAGUACAACAAAGCAGACUGCUCCAAAGGCACGUGAGGCCAGGCCGCUCCCCGCCCCGCCUUCGCUGGCUUCUGUUCCCCUCAUCCUGGGGCAUCCUACGAGGGCUGGGACCCCUGGGCCCUGGGGGCAGGGGAGCGGCUCUGGAACUGGAAGUGGGGGGCCAGGGGCUUUCCUCACCUUGCAUCCUCUCCAGCUAGACGCUCCCGAUCAAACAUGGCGCAUGCCCAGGACAGGGCCUCUGUUCUCCAGCUGAACAGGCACCCUGGCAAUGGGAGGCGUCUGUCCUGAGCACGGCUGGCAUAUUUUUGAUGGUUCAAAGACAUGUAUGGACUGGCAGGACUGACUCCGAGGAGACCUGCCCCUGCGUGGGUCUUCGCCCAGUCAUUCGGUUGAGAAUGUCACACGGUUCUCUUAGCCAGGGCCUUGGCCGUUUGAGUUCACCAGUAUUAACGAGCUCCUUCUGUGUGGCCGGCACUGGGGCAGGUAUUUCAGAGAGGGCGAAGGCAGUGUGAGACCUGGGGCCUGCUUCUGCAGGAGGUACAGCUGUGGCAUCAGGCCGGCACUUAGCUCCUCAGCGGUAGCAGGGCCCAGCCUGGGGCACGGAUGUCACCAUCCCCCAAUCCCACCUGUCUGCCUGACCGUCAGGCCCCUACUGCAAACCCCAGUAGGGAAGAGGCUGCCUGGGGAGGGAGAGAGGAGAACACGGGUGGGCGGGUGCCGAAACACUCCUGAUACAAGGACGCAGAGCAAGUCCUGAGUGUGGCCCAGGGUCCUAGUCAUUCUUGUUGAUUUACUAGGACCAGCCCAGAGCCCAGUUCCCUGUCUCACGCCCCCUUUGGCCAAGCAAUGGUAGAUGAAGGCUUUCUGCCUCCAGGGAACUGGUGGGAGGAAGAGGGUCAACAGGCCAUGGCCUCUGAGGCUGGGGCUCAGGGACCUGCCCCCACCCGCCCGCCCCGCUGUCCUCAUGCCCUGCGCCUCGCUGCUCCCCAGAUUGCUCUUGGCUCACAGGCAGGGAAUGGCCAAAUAUGUGAAUCAGACUCCUCUCUCCAGCUACUGUUGCGCGCGUGCGUGCGUGCGUGCGUGUGUGUGUGUGUGUGUGUGUGUGUGUGUGAAUGAAUGAGAGAGAGACGGGAAAGGAUUUGCUAUGGGGGAGCAAAAGAUAAUGUGAAACUGCACACAACUGUUUCUGGUGAGGGGCUGGCAGAACUUGCUGUGCCUGAGUUCUUGGGUUCUCCACAAUGUGGACCCUGGGGCCAGCCCACUCUGUCCUGCAUGUUUUGUUUGUUAUUUUUUACAUGAACUGCUGUUUUUAUGUACCUGGCGUCUGUGGUUGGUUUCAGAGCCAGAGGGGAGAAAAGGUGACAGAGUCCAGUCCCAAGGAUUGGGAUAUUCAGUGUUCACCUUCCUACCCCCAACUCAGUUGGGCCUUUCUCGGUGACCUCAGCCAGGGUCUCGAUGUCAAGAGUCCCCAUGCAGAGUGGGGGUGGGGCAUCGGUUGCAGGCGACUGAUGCUGGGCAGGAGGCGAGCGAUCACCCUCAACCCAGACACCUUUUCUGCCUCUCAGCCCCCUCCCCAAUACUGUGGGGCCAAAUGGGGCCAGACCCAACCCACCCCCCCAACAUGUGAAGAUGGCAAUGGGCAUGUGUGUCCACUCCCCCACUCAUCCUGUAACCGAGGGGUGUGCUGGCCCGGCAGCGGGGUGAGAGGGGUGGCCUUCAGUCUUUCUGUGAAACGCUUUAACGAGCUCAUCUGAGUUUCCUCACCCCACCUUGCUGGGGUGCCGCUGGCUGUCCUGGAAUUGUACACACUGUAUGUACAUAGUGGCGAGGAUGUCAAAUGUAAUUUAUUUUAACAUUUUUACAAUAAAACGUGAGAUGGA